ACUGCUUGUUGUUUUAUUGUCACGGACGUGUUUAUUAUUGUUUGGAAAGAAACCUUGAACCAUGUCGUGUUCAUUAACUUUAUCAAGAGUAUAAAUCUCCACGCGCCAGUAAUUUUUAAGAGCAACGCCUCUUUCAAAGUUAUCUCUAAAACUGCUAAAACUGUGUUUUAUUAAUAAGAAAGAAGUUUUUAAAAGAUUUAAUCAUUUCGCGCAAAAACAAGGUGAUGAUAUUUUAAUAUCCGGAACAUUUAACAAAAAACCAAGCAUUAAAACUUUUCGAGAAAUCGGACUGUUGUGCUCAUAUCAAAUCAUUUCAUAG